GGAGAACCAAUACUGACCAUGGCGCUGGGUCCGUUCGUGCUGCCCUUUAGAGGCGACCAAUACAGUUUUGGUAUCAACUUUAAAUCAAGUCCAGAAGAGAAGCUGAACUUUGACCUGUCGUGCGUUGCGUUUGACGUGAAGGGCCAGCUUCAUGACACGCUCCAUGCCCGCAAGCCGACUGCCCUGGACGGCGCGCUGGUGAAGGGCUUUGAGAAGCAGGCGCUGCCGGAGGAGACAGUUCAGGUGGAGGGGGAUGAUGUCAUCUACAUGUUUCCAAAGAAGUUUGAGCGUCAGGUGGAGGUCCUGCUGUUCGUGGCGAGCGCUCCCAGCAUCCCGGGCAAGAAGCACGACCUGGAUAGCAGCAGCAAGCUGGAGUUUGCAGUAUCGUAUUCAGAUGUGGGCGGGCAGGCCUUCAACCAGUCGUUCGACCUGAAGCCGCUGGCGGCGCAGGGCGGCGUGUCGUCCAUCAUCGUCGCGGUCAUGUACCUGCAGGCGGAGGGCGGAUGGACACUUCGCAGCGUGGGCGACUGCCACCCCUUUGACUCACCCGGGCUGAUUGUGCCAGAGCUGAAGCAGACCAUCCUCAACCUGCGCGACCACCACGGGGUACAGCUGGAUGCGGCAGAUGCCAUUCAAGCCAUCGACCCGGCGGAGCGGGUGCCCGUCACGCGGCAAUUUCAGGACCAGUCACUGGACGAGGCGUCUGCGGGCCGCGCGGCGGAGCCGGCGCCCGUCAAGAAGCUGCGCAUCGACCUGAGCUGGACCUUCUGGCCGCCGCCGCCCCCCACGGAGGAGGGCGAGGAGCCGCCCGAAGAGCCGGCGCUGGAGUACAACCUGGUCAUGUACAACAAGGACGGUGAGGAGGUGCAAAGCAUCAGCACCGGUAACCGCGAAGCCACCGGCGCGCGCGCUGGUCGGCCAGAGCCGGAGGAGGACGAGGAGGAGGAGAAAGAAGAGGAGAAGGAGGAGCCGGAGGAGGGCGAGGAGGGUGAGGAGGGCGAGGGCGGUGAGCCCAAGGAGCCGCCGCCGCCGCCGCCCGCGCCCAAGGUGGACCCCUACGAGUUCAAGGAGCGCGAUGUCAUCUACCUGGACGUGCCCGACCUGCCGGCGGAGGUGCGCUCCAUGGUGCUGCUGGUCACCAACUACGACGAGGAGAACGGCUUCACGCGCGUGCGCACCGUGCGCUGCCGCCUGGUUGACGUCAGCAACGGCGAGGCGCCGCUGCCCGGCAGCAAGGCGGCAGUGGCCGCGGCGGCGGCGGCGGCGGAGCAGGGCCUGGCGGCGCCGCCCAACCCGGAGCGGGUGCUGGCAGACUACGGCGUGCUGUCCAAGUAUGAGGACGACAAGGCCACCACGCAGGUUGCCCUCAUGAAGCUGUACAAGGAAUACGCCGACAGCGCCUUCAACGUCUUCCGCGGCGCGGGCGUGGACAACGUGGCGGCCUUCAUCGGCCAGGAGCCGGACACCAUCAUCAACCAGCUCAAGGCCUACCUGGAGGCCACAAAGAAGCAGAAGGCGGCAGAGGCCGCCGCCGCCGCGGCCGCAGAGGAGUCGGGCGAGGAGAUCACCGCUGACCCCAAGCCGCACGUGUGGCGCUUCCGCGCGCUGGGCCUCAACUUUGGCGGCGACUCGCUGGAGGCCAUUGAGCACGACUUGAAGAACCUGUUCGCCUUUGAUGGUGACCUGGCCCCGGGCGCGGCGCGCGACAGCGACACCAGCCGCUCCUCCUUCCCCAACGGCGACACCUACUUCGGCUCUUACGCCGACGACGUCAAGCACGGGCCGGGGCUGUACGCCUUCGCCACGGGCGCGGGCUACGCGGGCGAGUACGCGGGCGGCAAGCGGCACGGCCGCGGCGUGAUGGUGUUCCCCGACGGCGGGACCUAUGUGGGCGAGUUCGUGGCCGACAAGUUCGAGGGGCAAGGCCAGUACCGCUACCCCGACGGCUCAGUCUACACCGGAUCCUGGGCGGCGGGGCAGAAGCACGGCCCGGGCGUGUACUGGGACACGGCGCGCGGCUGCCUGCGCGGCGAGUGGAAGAAGGGGCUGCUGGUGGGCAAGGGCACGUACGAGCAGCCAGCGCUGCGGUUUGAGGGCGAGUUUGUGCGCGGCAUGCCGGCCGGCACCGCCACCUACACGCUGACGGGGCACCGCACGCUGGACAUGCCGUGCUUUGCGGCACAGCACAUCCAGGCGGAGGAGGGGCCCACGCUGGCGCUGCCGUGCGCGUACGGCAUCCCGCCGGGCAGUGGCGACGAGCCGCAGCUGGACGAGGAGGGGCAGCCCAUCGAGGACACCGACAAGCCGCCGCUGCCUGCGCACCCCAAGUACGAGGGCCUCACAUUCACGGCCGAGCAGCUGCCGGGCGCCGCGCCAGACACCGUGUUCCCGCCGGAGGAGGGCAAGCCCGUGCCCAUCACGGCCGUGCCCGCAUUCAGCGUGUCCACAGGGCUGGUGGCGUGAGCUGGCCGCUGUAGGCAGCGUGUGGUGUGCGUGUGGUGUGCGUGUGAGCCGUGACAUGGGUGGCGGUGUGCGGAGUGUGCUGGGCUGAUAGUUGUGACUGCGCUUGCUUGGAGUAGGGUGGCUUGCUGGGGCAACGGGCGGGCAAGCACAGGGAGUCAGGGAAGCAAUCAGGCAACAAAGCAACCAAGCCGAAGCCGAUGGAAUACACUUCCAACUCGGGGGUGGCCGAAGGGGCGGCCAACGCUAGCGUUCAGUUCCAUGGUUUGUCGACAAAUGUGGAGGAACGUUCAUUGCUGCACAGGCUGGUGCUUGACCUGUCCACUUGCGUUAAAGAGCCCUGGACAACCAGCUGUGUGUUAUUUGCCACACCAGCGUGGGGCCCAUAUGGCAGAAGGGCUCUGUAACAGUAUGACGGU